CGUACUCCCCGUCGUUUGAUAUCAUUCCUUUUUCGACGCGCCAAGAUGAUCCAUUGUUUCGAUAUCACUUUUCACCAGAAGUGACCAACUACGACUAUGUUACUUUUGCGACGAACUUCGCUGCCACUACUAUAUUACUGCGCCUCGGCUAUUAAACCCAGAACUUCCGCAUUUUCUAUGAAAAUGUCGUCUUCUGUUACACCAAAAUCGAAGACCAUUCUUGGCAAAACGUUGGUAUCAGUUCCCGAAGCAAUUAGCCUGCACGAUGAAAGCGACGACAGCAACGUAAAAUUCAUCGAUGGGUCCUGGUGGUUGGGCAAGGAUCGYAAUGGCCGUGAAGAGUUCGAAACAGGUCCUCGMAUAACAAAGGCUCGGUAUUURGACAUCGAUGACGUAUCCUCAAAAUCAGCCGACAAUUUGCCGCACAUGAUGCCGUCCUCAYCCUUGCAGAGUGCCGCGAUGGAUGCUAUGGGCAUAUCGAAAAGCGAUCACGUAAUUGUGUACGGAACCUCGGGGUGCAUGUUUGUCACUCGAGCGUACAUGCAAAUGAGAAUCAUGGGGCAUCCAGCGGAACUGUGUCAUCUUAUGGACGGAUCUCUCGAUGAAUGGAUCGACGCYGGAGGUCCAGUUGAGGCGAAGGAAAGUUCUCCCAGCCAUCCCGUGAUUGACGCCAAGAACCUAAAAGAAGCAUCCGCAUCCUACACGGCAACAGACCCUCAAAACAUAAUCGAGAUGGAAGAGCUCAGGAGUUUGAUAGAAGAAGGUAAGACCACGGGCGAGGACCCCAGUGUUCGAGUGGUCGAUGCACGGUCGGAAGGGCGCUUCACAGGGACCGCACCGGAACCCCGACCGGGCUUGCGGGGAGGGCAUAUGCCGGGCGCCAUAAAUCUGCCAAUUACCGACCUGCUAGAUCCMAGCGAUAAAGUUCGAUUCAGAUCUAAGGAGGAAUUGCAACGAAUUAUUCAGGAGGCCGGGAUUCCGCUUCCACUUAAUCCUAAUGGGAGCAAGAUCGUUUCGUCGUGUGGCAGCGGGGUCACCGCCUGUGCUUURAUGACGGCAUUUGACAUCCUGGAUGAGGACUCUAGCAACGUGUAUCUAUACGAUGGAGCCUGGAUUCAAUGGGGCGGUCAGUCCGAUAYGCCCAUUGUCUUAGAUUAGCGUCGAAAGGAUUGAAUGGCGCAAGCCACUAAAAAAACUAAGGACUGCUUUGCAUACGCACAAUAAGCGAACAGAAAYACCAGAAGAAGGCCCUGAAYACAAUAAUAAUAUGCAGGCUCGUAUAUUAUGGUYGAGAAACCUCGAAAGUAAUCGAUUGUUGUUAUAGGCAUUCUCAUUCACUCCAUCACAUCCUUCAUUCAAUAUCCUGCGUGUGACGUACAAUUACUAUUGUUUUUUGACUGCGAACUSCAUCGCACAGCAACUCCACAAUCUUCUUCUGACACRCUGUUGGCAUUGGGUGAAUCAAUAGUACCAUACGUGCUACUAUUAUGAUUGUUUUCGUURCCUCCUUGGUCGAAAUAGUUAUUGAUGCAGGGAUGUUMAGUGAAGGAAGGAACUCCAUGGCUUUCAAUCGAAAGCCUCGAGUAUCUGCGGGGAUGGCAACUAGAUCGCCUCUGCAGCACGGACAUCCCAAUAGCAAUGAGUGCGGUUACAAUUAAAGUUAAGAUCAUGACGAUUGCAAGAAUUUUUCCAGAACUAAACUCGAUACUGACAGACCCUGGUUGAGGAGGAUUCAUCAAUUCCUUCGUAUUGGCUGCCAUGUUGUCGUGAAUCCUUGCAUCGACAACACUAUUUAGCGUCAACUCGUCGCUACUAUGUGAGCCACCAUCGAAAAUGGUUGAGUGGGGCAAGUGGUUUAAUUCUUCGUUUACCUCAGUAAUGAUUCCAUUGUCUUGAAUUCUUACAUCGACCACACCAGUCGACAACAAGCUUUCGUGAAACGAGCGACUAGUGGUWAUUAUUGAGAUGAGCAAGGGGAGAAARCCCUCGUUUAUUUCUUCYCCGAACAMAUGAAUUUUUACGUCUGCURUCUGGCAGGAAUUAGCGGAAGCGGGUUGAAAAGGACAUUCUCGCYCUGUUCCUUCUACAGAGAUCACUCCCAGUUGGACUUCAUAAUUCUUAUCAUAUGCAAGCUUUAUUGCAUCGUCAUGGUCAACCCUAUUUUCCGCGUUCGUUUGAGGGAUGCAUAUCGAAUAAUGYUGUGAAAGAGCUUGGCGCAGUGCCUGGGCAACGUUAGUGUGAAAUUGUUCCACGAAAUGUUCAAGAGCUACUUCCAAAGUGGUGGUGAUUGUUAGAAAAGGCAAUCCAGGACACGCUGCCGACCUCUGUUCUUCAGAAUUAGUUGUAACUUCUUCGAGCAUGGGUGAAGAUACAGCUGGUGAGGAUGUUGUUUUGCCAGAAUGGAUGUUGGGAUCGUUGCCACCUAUCAGAUCCAGAACCAUGUCCAUAGACAUAGACAUAGACAUAGACA